AUGAAGUAUGGACAAGUUGUGGUCGGUCCUGCGGGUAGUGGGAAGAGCAAUUAUUGUAAAAUGAUGAAAGAAUUUAUGAAAAUAAAAAAACGUAAUUGUUAUGUAGUAAAUUUGGAUAGUGCAUGUGAAGAAUAUUAUUAUGAAAGAAAGAAGAAGCCUAUAAAUACUACAUAUAAUAUAGAAAAAGAAUUAAAUGAUUAUUAUGAUACGAUAUAUGAUAUAGAUAUAAGAAAUUAUGUAGAAGUAAAUAAUUUAAUGGAAGAGCAAAAUUUAGGGCCAAAUUGUGCUUUAUUAAGAAGUGUAGAAAUAUUAUAUGAGAAUUCUUAUUUAUUAGAAGAUGAAUUAAAUAAUUAUGAUGAUGAUGAUAAUUAUUUUAUUAUAGAUACGCCUGGACAAAUUGAAUUGUAUACACAUACCGAUUAUUUUAAAAAAAUUUUAAAUAUAUUCAGUGAACAGAAUAUAAGACUAGUUAUUGUUUUUUUAAUAGAUAUUUCAUUUAUUAGUUCUAAUACAAAACUUUUAUCGGCUUAUCUUACUAGUUUAUCCACUAUGAUAAAUUUUGAACUACCACAUAUUAAUAUAUUAACCAAAUGUGAUUUAUUAAUUAGUAAGAAUUAUUAUCAUGAAUUUAAUAAUUUUAAAAAUCGAAAUAACUUUUUUUAUCAAAAACAAUUAUAUAAGAAAAUUAAUCAAAAAUUAAUAUAUUAUAAAAAACAAGGAACAUAUCAAAAGAAUAAUGCCGAAGAAAAUGAUCUUUAUAAUAAUAACCAUAAUUUACGUCAUAUGAAAAAUAAUUAUCAUAAUUUAAAUUUAACUAAUCAAGAACACAAUCAAAAUAAUGAUGAAGAUGAUAAAUCAUUUCUUGAAGAAAUCGAAUUUAUUAAUAAUACCAAAUCAUUCAAAGAUGAAUUUGUAUUAUGGUCAGAUGUUGAAAAUACAAGUGUAUCAAGUUAUUCUUCAUUUAAUUCUAAUCAAAAAGAAAAUAAUAAUUCCAUUUAUAAUUCUUCUGAUGAACAAAAAAGUGUUAUAUCGGAUGAAUGUGAAGAAAGUAUAUAUAAAAAAAAUUAUGAAAAAUUAAAUGAUAUCCUUUCCUUAGAUCCUCAUGAUAUAAUAAUUACUGCAAAUAAAUGCAUGUCAAAAAAAUAUUAUAAAUUAAAUAAUGCCUUUGCAAAUAUAAUAGAAGAUUUUAAUUUAGUUUCCUUUUUACCCUUAAAUAUAUAUGACGAUGAUAAUGUAGAUUUUAUUAUUAAUUCGAUAGAUAUGAUAAUACAAUAUGGCGAGGACAAGGAUGUCAAUGAUAAUUAUGACAUGUUUUCUUGA